UUCAGUUUUACCGAGUCCAACAUCACAGUGCAUCGUAAUAAUAAUCAACUGAUAAUUAAAAGUAUUUUAGACAGCUAGCGAUCAAUAAAAUCAUUCAGUGAUAUCUCAUAGUACAAGUGUAGUGCAAUAAAGUAUAAAAAGAGUGAAAAUGGAUACGAAAAAGGUUGAAAUAAAGAAUAUUGAAGAGUUGUUGCGACGAGAUAAAUAUAUUGAACCGUAUGAAACAGAGAUAAGACGCAGACGUGGAUGCGUAGAUCAAUGGCUCAAAACGCUUGAAGAGUCAGAGGGUGGAAUUGAGAAUUUUACAAAGGGAUAUGAAUAUUAUGGCAUACAUGUUAAGGAUGAUAACUCUGUUGUUGCAAGAGAAUGGGCCCCAGGUGCCGUUGCUGUAUAUCUAACUGGAGAAUUCAAUAAUUGGAACUGGGAGGAAAAUCCAUACAAAAAGUUAGAGUACGGUAAAUGGGAAUUGAUAUUACCAGCAAAUGAUGAUGGCAGUAGUCGUAUUGCACAUUUGUCUGAAUUAAAAGUCAUCAUACGUACCGAAAAGGGUACAUUGGAGCCAAGAAUAUCACCAUGGGCAACAUAUACAGUUCAACCGACAGAUCUAGCAUAUGGAUCAAAUUAUAAGCAGAUUUUAUGGAAUCCACCACAAGCAGUGCGUUAUCAGUUCCAAUAUAAAAGGCCAGCAAUUAUCCCAAAAGCAUUAAGAAUUUAUGAAUGUCAUGUUGGAAUUGCAACCGAGAAAUUGGAAAUUGGUUCAUAUAGAAAUUUUGCUGACAAUGUUAUUCCACGAAUUGUGCGUCAAGGAUAUAAUACGAUUCAAAUUAUGGCCGUAAUGGAACAUGCUUAUUAUGCUAGUUUUGGCUAUCAAGUGACUAGCUUUUUUGCUGCAUCAUCACGUUGUGGCACGCCAGAUGAACUCAAGUAUCUCGUUGAUGUUGCUCAUAAAAACAAUUUAGUAGUUUUAUUGGAUGUUGUUCAUUCGCAUGCAUCAAAGAACGUUCUAGACGGACUUAAUGAAUUUGAUGGAACAGACUCGUGUCAUUUCCAUUCAGGUCCCAGAGGUGUACAUGCUUUGUGGGAUUCAAGAUUAUUCAACUAUAAUGCUUAUGAAGUUCUUCGCUUUUUGUUAUCAAAUCUACGUUGGUGGUAUGAUGAGUAUGGCUUUGAUGGAUAUAGAUUCGACGGUGUUACUUCAAUGCUUUAUCAUCAUCAUGGAAUUGGAACCGCCUUUUGUGGUGGCUACGAUGACUAUUUCGGCAUGAGUGUGGAUACUGAAGCCCUCACGUAUCUGGCACUUGCUAACAAAAUUCUACAUGACAUCAACCCAAAUAUCAUUACAAUUGCAGAGGACGUGAGUGGAAUGCCUACUUUAUGUUGUCCAUACGAUGAAGGCGGUAUCGGUUUUGAUUAUCGCCUAGGCAUGGCAAUACCAGAUAAAUGGAUUCAGAUCUUGAAGGAGAAACGUGAUGAGGAUUGGAGUAUGGGUAAUAUCGUCCAUACACUUACAAAUCGACGAUAUAAGGAGAAGACCGUUGCCUAUGCUGAAUCUCAUGAUCAAGCACUUGUUGGCGAUAAGACACUCGCGUUCUGGUUAAUGGACAAGGACAUGUACACAAGCAUGGCAGUAUAUUCACCUCCUAAUCUUGUUAUAGAUCGUGGAAUCGCUUUGCAUAAAAUUAUCAGACUCAUUACACACAGUCUUGGCGGUGAAGCUUACUUGAAUUUUAUUGGUAAUGAAUUUGGACAUCCUGAAUGGUUAGAUUUUCCGAGAGUUGGGAAUAAUCAGUCAUUCCAUUAUUGUAGACGACAGUGGAAUCUCGUCGACGAUACAACAUUGCGAUAUAAAUACCUCAAUGAAUUCGAUCGGGCAAUGAAUAUGACAGAAGAGAAAUACGGCUGGCUUAAUAGUAAUCCAGCUUACGUGACUUGGGCACAUGAAGGCGACAAGAUAAUCAGCUUUGAGAGAUGUGGACAUGUUUUCGUGUUCAACUUUCACUCGGACAGAUCAUUCACAGAUUAUCGCAUCGGAGUGGAACGACCAGGAAGCUAUAAAAUUGUUCUAAGCUCUGAUGACGAAGCUUUUGGUGGAUUUAAUCGGAUCGAUACAAGCUUAACACACGUUUCGGUGCCAGAAGGUCAUGCAGGUAGAAGUCAAUUUAUUCAUACGUAUUUACCACCUCGAACUGGAUUUGUAUUUGUAAGACUGGGAUAAAAGAAAUGGUUUUAAAUCAUGUACUGUGGAUUUGUUAUAUUGUAGCCAUAAAUGUCAUGCAAUAAAAAAUUAUUUUUGUAGUCGGAAAUAAAUUGACAGCCAAAA